AUGCACUCUGAUCACGACGACGAGACACCUGUGAUGAAACACGAUAAAACUGAUACACCCUCAGAUGUUGCAAUUAAAAUCGAGAAUUCUGACUCUGGUAUUAAUAAAAAAGUUGAUAGCAAAGACCCAAAACCGCGUAUUGUGUUGACAUUUCGUUCUGAAAAAUCCGGAGCAAAGAACAGCAAUAUGAAAAUAGUUUCCACAGAGGAAAAACAUGAAGAGAUUUCGCCUAGACGCUCAAAUCGAAAUCGUAGUUUGAGGUGGGAGUCAGAUGAAGAUAAUGAUUCCUUGAGCAUGACUAAAAAAGAACUAAACAUUAGUCAGUCAGUAUCGGAAAAUGAUGAGGCAUCAGACAGCUCACAUACUACACCUAAACGCUCCACAAGACGUCGCAGUAAAGAGUUUUCUGAAAAUGUACUAGCUAAUGCUAUUGCCAGAAAGGAAAAGUCAUAUAAUGAAACCUAUUCAGGUCCCACUCAACGUUUAUCGAGGAGAAUUAAGCCUACUGCUAAAAUUUUAGCCAAUGAAGAAUUAAGAAUGGGUCUUGAGUCACAAAAUAAUGCACGUCUUGGAAUACAAAGUGAGAAAUUUAACGAAGAGGGUGUGAGGACUAGACGAUCAGCAUAUUCUAAAAAUUAUGACAAUACAUCUGGUGAUAAGAAAGCUGAGAAACGUCAUAAGUCUCUCCGAGAAGAGAUGAAACAAAAUAAGUCAUUGCAAGCUGGUGAUACUUCCACAUCUGAAUUAAAAGCUAAACACUUGUGUAAGCUUGGCUUAAAAGCCACCAGUAAUAUACCUGACGAUGAACAGUCCGAAGAAAAUGAAAAUAGAAGUGUAGAUGGUGAUGAAAAUGAUCCCGAAGCAAUGGAAGAAGAUGAAGAAAUUGAUGAUGAUACAGAGGUCAUCAGCAAACUUUUGGAGGCUGAUGAAGACAGCAGUGAUGAAGAUUUCUUAUGCCCAGUUGAUACAUCAGGGAGUGAACGUCCUAGACGCUCCACAAGGCAAUGCUCUUCUUAUGAUAAUGAUAGUGAUCAAUCUUCAAUGUCAAUAGAAGAUGAUGAAUCAAAGGCACCGCCGCGACGUUCAUCAAGGCUAAGAUUCAGUUGCAGCGAUUUUUAUGACAGAGAUGCAGCAGGCCCUGAUGAAGGGGAUGAAGCAGCAUAUCCUCUUGAGCAAUACCCUGUUGUUGCUAAUUGCACUUGUGAGAGUUCCAGCAAUGUGUAUGCAGCCCCUGAUGAUCUAACUGAGCCAGUGUUUUGUCAAGCCAUCGAGACUGUGGACGGCGUAAGGGUUGGAUGCUCGCACGCGGCCGCGCGACUCAAUGGGGAGCUGCAACCGCUACGAAGGGCUGGGCCUCGCGCUCCUUACUUUCUGUGCUGUAAACUUCACGCUGCACAGUUGCAACGACACAUGUGCUGCGCCGCCUGCGGUCUGUUCUGCGCACAGGGUAUAUUCUACCAGUGCUCAUUAGGGCAUUUAUUCCACAUUGAAUGUGGUAUAAUGGGUAGCGUGGAGCGUUCCGGUGAGGUAAAGCAGCUACCUGGCUGUCCACAUUGCGGUGUGCAUUCGGUGCAGUGGCAGCCUGCCAACAGAGAUUGCAGCCGAGUGAAGAUUGAGAUGCACUGCAGUGGCAAGCGCGUGUUUCUGUCUGAGCAGCGAGAGCAGUCGACUCCGGCCUAUGUCACUUUCCCUAAAAUGGAUCCAUCUAUUAUGGAUCAAGGUCCACUCAUCCCCGAGGACUUGCUGCCUUCACCACCAGUGGACUUAAAAAAGCUGUGUGAAACAAGCAGUAAUGAGAAUGAAGAAACUCCGACCUCAAAAAUACAGGCUUUACACGACGCCAUUAUUGCUGGGGAGACCGCAGAGCAAUUAAUACCUAAAAUUGUUGCAGCGAAAAGCGACGGCUUAGAUGAAGCAAUGGGUAUUGCAGCGAGUCACGGACGAGUUGCAGCGCUAUAUUUGCUUCAUUUUGCUGGGGCAAAGCUAGACACAGUUGACUCGACACAGCAUACUCCGCUUGUGAAAGCGAUUGUUGCAUUGUUAAAUAAAUCUAAAACAAAAGCCGAUGAAGCUAAAAAAGACGAUGGUCCAAAAGAGGAAGCAAUUGAAGUAGAAAAAGAGAAUGAUCAAAAUGAAGACAAAAAAGAUGAAGGUGGUAACGAAACAAAAGAAGAGGAACAAAAGAAUGAGACUAAAGACCUGAAAGUUUCUGUUGUGAACACAAGUAAUGAUGAUCUGAUGAAAGUAAUAAGAUACUUGGUGGCUGCUGGUUGUGACGUCAAUCUUCCUGGUCCUGAUGGUAUGUCGGCGCUGCACAUAGCAGCACAAUUUGGUGGCUCUGCAGUUUGUAAACUGCUAUUAGAUGAGGGUCAUGCCCUAGUGGACGCACGUGACGUCGGCGGCUGGACACCACUCGUCUGGGCUGCUGAGAAUUCAUACUCUGAUGUCGUUAGAGUGUUGUUGGAACGUGGCGCGGACCCAGUGGCGUUGGACAAGGAAGGCAACGCGGCGGUGCACUGGUGCGCGCUGCACGGCGACGCGCGCUCGCUGCGCCUACUGCUGGACGCCGCGCCGCACGCGCACGCCGCGCUCAACGCGCACGCGGACACGCCGCUGAAGGCGACGCGCUUUCGCUGCGCCUACUGCUGGACGCCGCGCCGCACGCGCACGCCGCGCUCAAAGCGCACGCGGACACGCCGCUGUGUGUAUACUGUGCACGCGCUCUGUUGCUCUGUUGGACUGUACACUGUACAAGGAAGGCGACGCGCGCACGCUGCGCCUGCUGCUGGACGCCGCGCCGCACGCGCACGCCGCGCUCAACGCGCACGCGGACACGCCGCUGUCUGUAUACUGUGCACGCGCUCUGUUGCUCUGUUAGACUGUACACUAUACAAGGAAGGUGACGCGCGCUCGCUGCGCCUACUGCUGGACGCCGCGCCGCACGCGCACGCCGCGCUCAACGCUCACGCGGACACGCCGCUGUGUGUAUACUGUGCACGUGCUCUGUUGCUCUGUUGGACUGUACACUGUACAAGGAAGGCGACACGCGCUCGCUGCGCCUGCUGCUGGACGCCGCGCCGUACGUGCACGCCGCGCUCAACGAGCACGCGGAUACGCCGCUGUAUGUAUACUGUGCACGCGCUCUGUUGCUCUGUUGGACUGUACACUGUACAAGGAAGGCGCCGCGCGCUCGCUGCGCCUGCUGCUGGACGCCGCGCCGCACGCGCACGCCGCGCUCAACGCGCACGCGGAUACGCCGCUGUAAGUAUACUGUGCACGCGCUCUGUUGCUCUGUUGGACUGUACACUGUACAAGGAAGGCGACGCGCGCUCGCUGCGCCUGCUGCUGGACGCCGCGCCGCACGCGCACGCCGCGCUCAACGCGCACGCGGACACGCCGCUGCAUGUUGCGGCCCGUCAAGGUCACUACGCGUGCGUGGUCAUAUUACUCGCGAGAGGAGCUAGGACGGACAUGGAGAACUCUGCGGGUGAGCUGCCAGUGGAAAUUUGCUCAGGCCAAUGUCAGACGGCUAUCUCAAUCAACAUGCAAAUGGCUCUCGCCGUCUCCGACAAACCUUUGCGAUGUCGCUUAUUAUCAAAUGACAUCUCUAACGGACGUGAACUGUAUCCGGUUCCGUGCGUGAACGAGAUAGACGACACGCCGCUGCCCGACGACUUCACGUAUGUGACGCGGCACGUGACGCCAAGCCCCGUGCCCGUCGACACGUCGCUCAGCACGCUGCAGGGCUGCGAGUGCCGCGCGGGUGAGUGCGGAGGCCCGGCGUGCGGCUGCAGCGUGCUGGGCGUGCGCAACUGGUACAGCGGCGACCGCCUCCUACCGGGGUUCCCCUUCCACGACCCGCCCAUGCUGUUCGAGUGCAACGAAACGUGCGCCUGCAACUUGCGGCAGUGCAACAACCGCGUGGUGUCGCGUGUGGAGGCGGGCGGGUCGCUGGGCGUGCGCGCGCAAGUGUUCCGCAGCGCGCGGAGCGGUUGGGCGCUGCGCACACUGCAGCGCGUGCGUCGCGGCGCGCCCGUCGCGCUCUACUGCGGCGAGCUGUUGCCGCGCACGCUUGCCGACGAGCGCCCGCGCGACCAGUACAUGUUCGCGCUCGACCUCAAGCCCGACUUGCUGGAGGUGCGUGUGUAUGUGUGUAGGUACCGUCGCGCUCUACUGCGGCGAGCUGCUGCCGCGCAGGCUUGCCGACGAGCGCCCGCGCGACCAGUACAUGUUCGCGCUCGACCUCAAGCCCGACUUGCUGGAGGUACCGUCGCGCUCUACUGCGGCGAGCUGCUGCCGCGCACGCUUGCCGACGAGCGCCCGCGCGACCAGUACAUGUUCGCGCUCGACCUCAAGCCCGACUUGCUGGAGGUGCGUGUGUAUGUGUGUAGGUACCGUCGCGCUCUACUGCGGCGAGCUGCUGCCGCGCACGCUUGCCGACGAGCGCCCGCGCGACCAGUACAUGUUCGCGCUCGACCUCAAGCCCGACUUGCUGGAGGUACCGUCGCGCUCUACUGCGGCGAGCUGCUGCCGCGCACGCUUGCCGACGAGCGCCCGCGCGAUCAGUACAUGUUCGCGCUCGACCUCAAGCCCGACUUGCUGGAGGAGUGCUUGCUGAAGCAGCGGCUGUGCGUGGACGCGGCGGCGUACGGCAGCGCGGCGCGCUUCGUGAACCACAGCUGCCGCCCGGCGCUGGUGCCCGUGCGCGUGUUCACGCGGCAGCGCGACCUGCGCCUGCCCGUCGUCGCGCUCUUCGCCGCCAGGGACCUGUCCGCCGGCGAGGAGCUCACAUUUGACUAUGGUGACGAAUUCUGGGCAGUAAAAUCCAAGUGGAUGAAGUGCGAGUGUGGGUCUCCGGAAUGUAGAUAUCCCACCAAGUCUAUUGAAGAUUAA